AAGUUUCAUUUUCCACAGGCUGUUUUGGAAGUCUUCCUGAAUUUAUUGGCUUUCACUGUCUUCCUCGUAGAUUGUCAAUAUUACAAUCUCAUUGAGAACUGUUUGCCGAUGAAGAGGAAUAUGUGCCAAUUCAUGGACCUGGUGCUGAACCUGUGUUUCAUGUGCCCAUUCUUUGUAAGAAUGGUGAUAGAAAAUAACCUGACCCAUUUUAUGACCUCUUGUUACACAAUUGCUGACUAUAGCACUAUACCACCAGCCAUCCUUGGAGCAAUUCUUGGGAGGUCAUUCACUGGUCUACGAUUCAUGAGGAGCCUAUACUUAUUGAAGGUCCCAGAAUUAUAUAUUAGAGGGACUGUUGAGACAACACGUGGAUUUCUCAUCAGGAAGUACCUGGCAAUGAUUUUUGUUGCCUGGUUUGUGAUGACUGGGCUUGUACAUUUGUUUGAGGGUCUUGGUGACCCCCUUUUCUUCAAAAAUCCGCAUACUAUGACGUACGCAACUUGGCUCUACUUCUCAGUAGUAACAGUAUCUACUGUCGGCUAUGGUGACUUCACAUGCAAGACAAUGAUUGGCAGAUGUCUCAUUGUCCUUUGUAUAGUUUCUGCUAUAAGUUCGUUUGCAAUGCACAUACCAGAAUUGAACAGGCUGCUCAGCAAACCACCACCAGGCUUUUUGGCCUAUGUACCUGUAUUGCCUAGCAGGCAUAUUGUGUUCUGUGGCUACUUGAACAAUCGGAAGAUCUGCUCAUUCUUCACAAAUAGAAUAGACAUGGUUGCUGACCUUGUGUUUCUGGGAGAGUCUACUCCAUAUGAAGAAGAUGAAAUCUUCACAUCACUCCGAGGAUUGCAUCCUGUACAAGGUCUACUUCAAGAUGGUUGUCAACUAGCUGCGAUCCAUGAAGCUCGUGCAUGUAUAUUUCUUUCAAAUGAAAGGAGCAUAAAGCAGGAAGAGGAAGAUUUCAGAAACAUCAGUGCCGCUUUAUCUGUCUCGGGUUACACUACUUCACCAAUCCAUUUGGAAUUGCUGCAGUGCAAAAACAAGACAAUACUUGAUGAGCUUUUCCAGUCAAGAGAUGAAUGCUGUCUAAGUGUCUUUUGCUAUGCAGAGUUUAAACUUAGACUAAUAGGUUAUUCCUGUCUUGUGCCUGGAUUCUCCACAUUAUUGGCGAACCUUAUUUUGCCAGAUGUGGAAAAAGAUAUAGUCAAUCAAACCCCUAACCUCUCCUGGGAGAAAGAAUACAACUUUGGGAGAAGCUCAUCAAUCUACAUGACCCAUUUGUCUGCCUCCUUUGAAAACCUGACAUUGGAUGAGGCUGUUAAUUUAUGCUACAGUAAAUUGGGGCUCAUCCUUUUAGGCAUCAAAACAGAAAAUGGCAAUAGUAACAGGAUCAUUAUAUAUCCUAGCAAUCCCCAUUUUGUGAUCCCACAAAAGACGCUCGGAUUCUUUUGUACUAGGGAAGUGAAGAAACUUAAAAGAGCUGAAUUAUAUUGCUCCUUUUGCCAGGAUAGCAAAGGACGUCUUGAUGACCCUUGUAAAUGUGACAAGAAGAAGAAAAACCUUGAAGAUGAGGCCCAGGAUUUUGAAAAAACUUUAGAGAUGAUAGAUGAGAAUGCUAAUGGCUCCCAUUCAAAAAAGGUUGUUGGUGCUGAACCUUUGGAGGUACUAAAGGAGAAUUUUGUUGGCUCCUCUGAGAAAAGGUUUAAUGAGUGCAUAAAGACACAUGAUGAGAUGAUUACAUUUGAUUUGCGUGGCCAUGUCGUCAUCUUCAUCAUAGCCAAUCAAGAUUCGCCUGCCAUUGGACUCCAGAACCUGUGCCAACCUUUGAGGUCCAAUUGCAUCAGGAAUUCUCAUCUCCACAGGAUCAUCAUCAUGGGACCACUUGACUACCUGAGGAAAGAGUGGGGUCAAUUAUGGAAAAUCCCUGAGAUUUAUUUUGCCGAUGGUUAUCCUUGGGAUAAAGAAACCCGAGAAAUGGUGAAACUGGCCACUUGCCAGAUGUGCAUCAUCCUCAAUGCCGAACCAGGAAAACUGGAUUCAAGAUUCAACAUGGCAUUCGAAGUGCUCAAGGAGACUUCAAGACAGUUGGGCCGCUUGGUGAACAAGGGAGCGCCUGGUGGAACUACCACAAUGGACGGACAGUGCAACUACUGUCAGAGGCUUCCUAUUUUCAUUAGUCAUGUCACUGAUGAGCCGAUGACACCUGCGAAUGACACCUUUGCAGUGGCUGUAGGAAGGACAAUUCCUCCUGCACUCUGUCACUCCUUUCCAUAUUUGAACUAUGACAAAUCAGACAUCCUCAGUUUUGUAAGCAAACUCCUGCAAGGUGGACUGUCGCCAGAAUCUCUUGUGGAGCAAAGAUCGGCUGGUUCUGACCAGGUUCUAGUAAGAUUGCUAGAUAUUGAGACAUCUAAAGAGAAGACAUAUGGAGACGUUUUUUGCCUCGCCCUGCAGAGCAACAUAUUAUGCCUUGGACUCUACAGGCAGGUCAGAGAACUGGCUGCAAGGUCUGAAGAGCCUCCCUUGAGGUAUGUGGUAACAGACCCUGAGGAUGACUUCGAGGUGUAUUCGACUGACCUCGUGUUCGCCCUGUGCCGCAGAGGGAAAGUUUGAAAGCUCCAGGAUCAUAUUACCAAAGACCAGAUACAAUAUGGAUAAGUAAGAACAUAUAUUAUCAUAGGUAUGAUGGAAGUCAUCUUUCAGAUACUGAUAUUAUUUAUUCGUUAAUUUUGUUUUUACAGUCAACAUCUCUGUCAUUAUAGAUGUUACUUUUACCAU